UAGUGCCAGAGGUGGGCGUUGUCUUGGGCCUCGGGACCAGCUGGUUGAUACUUCCUCUUUUUCCGGUCUCGAGUUCAUUGAGGCAGUGACGAGUGGGGAGGAUGGGGCGGCAGUGGAGCAGCCUGGCCCUUUGGCUGGUCUCGGCGCUCGUGGCAGGAAUUUCUGCUAAUAAAUUCAGUGUGUUAAGAUCUCCUGAAUCGGUUGUUUUUCGUGAAGGAAAUUGGCCAAUACCCGGAGAACGGAUUCCAGAUGUGGCAGCAUUAUCGAUGGGAUUCUCCAUUGAGGAUGAUCUCUCUUGGCCUGGAUUAGCAGUUGGGGAUCUCUUCCGGCGUCCUCGAGCUACAGUUCUAGUCACAGUGACAGGGAUAGACAAGUUAAUAUUGCCUAAAAGUGGUAUCUCUUAUCCAGUUGAAAAUGCGGUUCCUUUCAGCCUGGAUGGUGUUGCAAAUGCAAUUCAUACCUUGUUUUCUGAGGAAACUCCUGUAGUUGUACAGCUUGCUCCUAGUGAAGAGAGAGUAUAUAUGGUUGGAAAGGCAAACUCCGUAUUUGAGGAUCUUUCUGUCACACUCCGACAGCUCCGGAAUAGAUUAUUCCAAGAAAAUUCUAUUCUUGCAUCCCUUCCACUCAACUCACUGAGCCGAAACAGUGAGGUUGAUCUGCUAUUCCUGUCCGAAUUACAAGUUUUGCAUGAUAUCACAAGCUUGCUCUCCAGGCACAAACAUUUAGCCAAGGAUCACUCACCAGAUCUAUAUUCUCUAGAGCUUUCUGGUUUGGAAGAAAUUGGCAAGCACUAUGGAGAAGAUUCACAACAGUUCAAGGAUGCCUCUCAAAUUCUUGCAGAUUCCCUACAAAAGUUUGCAGAUGAGAUGUACAGCUUAUAUGGUGGGAAUGCAGUGGUAGAGGUGGUGACUGUGAAGACGUUUGACACUCCUUUUGUGAGGAAGUCGCGAUCCAUCUUGCAGUCAACUUCACAGAGCAAGACUGAAAAUCCAUAUAAUCUAGCAUAUUCAUAUAACUUUGACUACGCAGUUGUCUUCAACAUAGUGUUUUGGUUCAUGAUAGCCAUGGCUAUAGCGGUGAUUGUCAUCUCCUACAAUCUCUGGAAUAUGGAUCCAGGCUAUGAUAGCAUCAUUUAUAGGAUGACCAACCAGAAGAUCAGGAUGGAUUGAGCUUCAAAUUCAAGCCUGAAAGGCAUAAGGAUUCUUCCAAUGAUUUGGCAUCGUUCAGUAUGGACAGUACAACUAUUUCUGUGAAGCAUCCUCUUGUGUUUCCCUGACAGAUAUAUUUAAAAAUUAAGCAGUGGCUGUGCUCAAGUGGCAGAGCUGAACUAUGAAAUCAUGAGUUAAUGCCUACUGACUAUAUGUGUAAAUGAUUCCAUUUUGUGGUUGUGCAAUAAUCCUUGAGCUUUAGAGUUGCUCUUCUGUAUUGUGUGUAACCAUGUGAAACAAAUGCACUGAGAAUACACUGGAAAUGUAGGACUGUUUCCUGAGACUUUGUUGUAAAUCAUCAGUUACAAAGGCUUAGUUCAUGUAAAUAUUUCAAAUUGCUGUUCAUGGGGAUUUAGUUCUGCUUAUGCCGAACUUUCAGUAUAAUAUCUUUUAACUAGACCUGUUCUGCUAAAAUAGAAUAUGGCUUUAGAUUACCCUGCAUCAGCCUGGGCAAAUUCUCGGGGACCUGGGAACCACUUUUGCCCUCUUAUGGACUUUCCUUUUUAGUGUUAGGUAUGAUUCCUCCUACCUACCCCAAUACUGCUCCUGUAGUCAAGUCACGUUGGAAUAAAUAGGAAAUUACUGGCUUCUCUAGACAUGAUUUGCUGUCUUGGGGGUAUUUUUUUUUUUCAUACUCAGCCACAAUUGAUAGCCGAUGAUGAUUAAUAAUAAAUAUUUACUCUAAACUUACAUACAGACAUGACCUGGAACAAGAGAAGAAUGUUGGUAUAUCAGUAAAGGAUCUUGUCAUUAUAUGUUACUGAAUUUGACCAAAAACAAAUUUAUCGCGUUCUGUUAAAGAUUCAAUCUUUAAACACUGGUCCGCUGUAAACUGGAAAUAACACAUGGUUUUUUUCUCUAAUCUUUGGUCAGUCUAAUGUUUUACAGGUACAUCUUGUAAAUUGUGAUUACAUUCCCAAUAGGCAUACUGUGGAUCAGAUUUUAUUCCCACAAAUUGGCUUUUCAAAUCUGCCACAGUAGAACUAAAAUGGUACAUAAAUAGGCUUUGAAUUAAAAAAAUAAAUGAACCCCAUUCACCUUAGUCUAGAAGCAGUGAGAACUGGGGGGAAACCUUGUAGCUUGUGGAAUGCUUUCUGUAUUAAACAUGAAGAGAUUCUGUAGUGAGAUUGUAGUGAAUGUUUAUACAUCACAAGUUACUCAGCUUUCACAUAAUACUGAUGUUCAGAUUGGAUGUAGAGCAUGGUCAGAAUAUGGUUCAGUAUUUAUUUGAUAUUCGGGUAAUAUUAUAGAUGUGUUAAGCAUAGUGGACCAGUAAACAACUUCAUAUUAAACUAAUUACUUUGCCUAGUCGGAUAUAUUGUGCUAAGCUUGUGAUUUGAUAAAGUGGUCUGCAAGAUUAAUGAAGAACUUAAACAUGCAGCUGGAUAAAGGAGCGUAGACUUCACUCCUGAUCUCUACUGCAAUAACAAGCACCACCAUGCUGCCAAAAUGAAAUUCUUGUGGAGUUUCACUUGAAGCAUGGUAAAAGAGAGAGUUGUUCCUAGUGUGUAUUAGAUAUCUAUUCAGAUAAUUAAAUAGUGAAAAUCCCAUAUAUUUAUAAACAAACUGAAAAUACUUGAAUUCCAGUGGGAACAAACUUUUCAUCUCUAGCAAUAGGUUAGUUUUUCCUGUUUUUAUUUUGCAGUAUUUUUUCAUGUAGAUGAAGACUGAAAACUUAUUUUGAUUUUAGCUAAUGCCUUGCUGGCUUAACAAAAAUAAAAAGAAACCUUCCUCGCACUGGUGGUUAGUGCAUACAUAGGGGAAUGCAGGAAACCUAAAAAGAUUUUAAGAUAUAGUACUGAAGACAAAUUGAUCAAGAUUAUGUCUAAUCUACACUUUCCUAAGUCUACACUUUCCUAAGUGUAGACAUGAUUUAACCUAGUUAAACAUACCUAAUUCCAUUGAUUUUAAUCAGAUGUGUCCCCUGUAUAAACACUUGAUCAAAACUCCAGGCUUUGACUUGAGUUGGUGUCUGUAGAUUAGGCUCUGAGAAAGAGGGAGCUAAGUCUUCAAGCCCCACUGAAAUGCCCAAAUUCAUCAUCACUAGAUCUGAAUGUGGCUGAUUAUGGCCUUGUUGGAGACUUUGGAAACUUCAGUACAAAAGAUCAUACAGAGAUAGCUGAAAGAGGGGUAGAUUUGCUUUGACACCAUGCUGGCUACUUUAUUAAGCUAAAUAAGUAGGGAUAAGAAAUGAAACUAUAUCUCACCAAAUUAAGUGGUGUUGCACAGUUUUAAUAUCAGAGUUGACAAAUUCAUUUCACCAAUCUUGAAGUUACUAAAUUUAAACUCAAUUCUGAAAUUCCAAUCCUUUGCUUCCUAAAUCUUAAUCUUCUAACUAUCCCAACAGAAAAUUUUUAAAAAUGUCAAUAUCUCAUCAAAUAAAACAUGCAUGAAUUACAGGAUUUUGUUUGGUAUUUUUGUUGAAUAAUAAAUGUUUGACAUUGCCAAGAAAA